ACACCGCCGUCGCCUCAGUCGGAGGCGGAGCCUGGGGCGUCCCUGACGCAGUUGCGGGGUGUUCCCCGAGCCGGGCGCGGCGGCCGCGGCCAUGGGCAACACCGCGAGCGAACGGGCGGGCGAGCGUGGGCACGGGCGGGCGGCGCGCGCAGAGGGCCCAGGCGCCCCGGGCCCGGCCAAGGAGCACCGCAUCCUGGUGGGGAGCACCGACGACCCCGGCGUCUUCAGCCUGCCGCAGGACUCCAAGCUUCCUGGGGACGUAUCUUGGCAGCAGGAUUUGGAGGAUGCAGCGAAGCCCAACCAGCAGGCCCAGCCCACUGUCAUCCGCUGGUCAGAAGGUGGCAAAGAAGUCUUUAUCUCUGGCUCCUUCAACAACUGGAGCGCCAAGAUCCCUCUGAUCAAGAGCCAUAAUGACUUUGUGGCCAUUUUGGACCUCCCUGAAGGAGAGCACCAGUACAAGUUCUUUGUGGACGGACAGUGGGUUCAUGACCCCUCUGAGCCUGUGGUUACCAGUCAGCUUGGCACCAUUAACAAUCUGAUCCAUGUCAAAAAAUCUGAUUUCGAGGUGUUUGAUGCUUUAAAACUAGACUCCAUGGAAAGCUCGGAGACAUCUUGUCGAGACCUUUCCAGCUCACCCCCAGGGCCUUAUGGGCAAGAAAUGUAUGUGUUUCGAUCUGAGGAGAGAUUCAAAUCCCCACCCAUCCUUCCACCUCACCUGCUCCAAGUUAUUCUUAACAAGGACACUAAUAUUUCUUGUGACCCAGCUCUACUCCCUGAACCCAAUCAUGUUAUGCUGAACCAUCUCUAUGCAUUGUCCAUUAAGGACAGCGUGAUGGUGCUGAGCGCAACUCAUCGCUACAAGAAGAAAUAUGUCACGACUCUGCUGUACAAGCCCAUCUGAAGGGGCCCUGGCCUGCCUCCCGGGACUCCGGGCAAGCAUCCUCCUGGCCUUUCUGAACCAUACCGGUCUCUGCUGAGACUGGAAGGCUGAUGCGCUUUGAGGCUGGCGUGUUUCAGAGCCUCUGAGUAGUGUGCUCCGCUUUUGCACUUGGUUGCAGAUGAGAGCUUUGAGUUUCUGGAAUUCAUUUUAAGAAAAAAAAAUAUUUUUACAUAUGAGAGGAAGGUCAAUGGAAGCCUCCUAGCUAGAUGUAUUCUCUCUGCCUGUGGGGAGUCCCAGGAUCAUUUUGAGGGAGCUGCUAUAAGUUUUUUAUUUCAUCUAUUUUAGAUGAAGUGCAAAAAAAAAAAAAAAAAAAAUCCCAGGAUCCUUGCAGGUGGAGCCUAGCACAGCCUUCUUGGACUCUUGCCAGCUGCCCUGCUCACAGCUGCUGCCAUGUGGAGGCAGCCGUUCUCACAUGGGUUCACGGACCCUUUUUUCCCAGAGUGUGGAAUGGUUUGUGUUUCUUUCAGCAAAUGUCAUAGCUCACAAGGACCCUUUUCCUUUCCCGUUCUUGUUUUGAGAGCUUUCAUAUCCCUCCUUGGCUUACUCUGGCCCACCUUAGGGGGAAGUGAGUGAGCCCUUCCUUCCCUUCCCAGUGCUGAGUGGAACCAGACCGGGCCCCUUCCGCCUGGCACAUGCUCAGACCACUUACUGGGUCACCACUUCCGUAACCCUUCUGAGAAAAACAGCUGAGCCUUCAGAGAGGCAGAAGAUGCACUUUUCUAUUCAUGGGCUGCUACGGCACCAGCUUGACUGGCACCUUCUCACAGAUGUGCCUCCUCACUCGGCUCUCCUGUCACAGAGUCUGUUGCAAUGAGGCAGGCAUGGAAGCAAGGGGAGCUUCACCCCUCAUCCUUGAGAAAAUGUGAUAUGCCUCACUUUAUUGAUCCAGAAAAGAUGUGUAAAGAUGCUUUUUCACUCAUCUUUAUGGGUAGCAGAAGUUCAAACUCUUGCUCCCCAAAUGUUCUUCGCUUUUCUUCUCUGGUUAAGCCCUCUACAGUCUUACCUUAACAUGGC